AUGGCGAAGCCUCGCCUCAUUAUAUUGAUCAGACACGCCCAGUCUGAGGGCAACAAAAACAGGGACAUCCACCAGACCAUACCCGACCAUCGGGUCAAGUUGACGCAAGAAGGGUGGCAACAGGCCUACGAUGCCGGCCGGAGGCUGCGCGCCCUGCUACGAGCAGACGACACCCUCCACUUCUUCACUUCGCCAUACCGCCGCACGCGCGAGACCACAGAAGGCAUCCUGGCCACCCUGACCGCCAACGACCCGGACGACGGCCCUUCGCCAUUCAAGCGCAACAACAUCAAGGUCUACGAGGAGCCCCGCCUCCGCGAGCAGGACUUUGGUAACUUCCAGCCCUGCUCUGCCGAGAUGGAGCGCAUGUGGCAGGAGCGUGCCGACUACGGCCACUUCUUCUACCGCAUCCCCAACGGCGAGAGCGCGGCUGACGCCUAUGACCGCAUCUCGGGCUUCAACGAGAGCUUGUGGAGACAGUUUGGCGACGAUGACUUUAGUAGUGUCUGCGUCCUCGUCACUCACGGUCUCAUGUCUCGCGUCUUUCUCAUGAAGUGGUAUCACUGGGGCGUAGAGUACUUUGAGGACCUGCGCAAUGUGAACCACUGCGAGUUUCUGAUCAUGCGCAAGGAGGAGAGCGGCAAGUACACGCUCGAGAACAAGCUGCGCACCUGGUCAGAGCUCCGGCGCGAGAGAGCAGCGCUGCUGAAGCAAAAAGAAGGCGAAGCCGCCAAGGACGACUCCUCCAAGGACGGGUCGAAACUGGAAAAGGCCACCACCCCGACCCCCACCACCGCCUCGCCCAUCGUGCCUCGUCGCUGGGGCGGUUGUCCCAACGGAUGCUCCCACGACAAGAACUUCCGGAUCCGCUCUAACCUCGCUGACCUCGUCAAGCGCGACGGCGUGAACAUCUACCCGGACAACCACAACCACCACACCCACGGCCACGGCACCCCGGCCUCCAACAACUCGUCCUCGUCCCUCUCGGCCCGCCGGCCCGCCGCGCGCCGCUUCGCCUCGGACGAGAGCGGCGGCCUCGACGUCGCGCCCCAGAUCGACGUCACGCGCGCCCGCGAGGAGGUCGUGUCGUCGCCCGACGGCACGCCGUCGUACAUCUCGGUCGAGGACCGCAUGCGCACCUCGCCCAGCGCCGUGCCGCCGCCCCCGCACCAGCAGGACAAGGCGCGGCGGCCCUUUCUGCACGUCGGCCGCGACUUUGGCGGCACCUACAGCGGCCACACGAGCGACGCCGACUCGUCCGAGGACGAGAAGGCGCGGCUGCGCCUCGCGCGGCUCAAGAUUCCUACCAACGGUAACGGCAGUAACGGCGUGAAUGGUAACGGUGAUAGUGCCGCAGCGGCGGCGACAAACGGCAAGUCCAACGGGAUGACGACGACGACGACGACGACGAAUGGCCACAAGCGGGAGCCGAGCGAGCUGGGCAGGCACAGGAUGGCGAACCGGCUGGGCGACUCGCCUGUGAGCAGCGACUACGAGGGCGGUGGCGAGCGCUGCUCGCACUGCGGCGAGGACCACGAGCGGGUCAACGACGGCGAUGUGGACGAGGAGCUCGACAGGGCCGAGCGGGAGGACAAGAGCAUCGCGGGCAGCGUGUAUUGA